AUGGAGCUAUUUUCAUUCUCCAUCCUUUAUGCAUACUUGUGUUUGUCCCUAUUUUAUCAACCAGCACGCACUCAGCAGGCAUACAUCAACGGGAGCACACUCUGGAACUGCUCUGGUAACCCUGCCACAUCAAAAGGGUACCUCUGUGAUGCUAGUGUGAAGUCAUGUGAAGCCUUUGUCACCUUCCGAUCGCGAGCACCUCAUGACACCGCCAUCAGCAUAGCCUAUCUGCUUGGCUCUGAAGCCUCUAAGAUUGCCUCAAUUAACAAAGUUUCAGCAAGUGACAAGAUUCCAAGCAACAAGUUGAUUGUAGUUCCAGUUUCUUGUUCAUGUUCGGGCAAUAUCUUCCAGCACUACUCUCCUUACACCGUGAUAAAAAACGAUACAUAUUUCAAGACAGCCAAUGACACCUACCAAGGCCUGACUACAUGCCAGGCUAUGAUAGGUCAGAACUAUUACGACCCUGAAAAUAUUCCGGUGGGAGCAGUGUUAACGGUUCCUGUGAGAUGUGCUUGUCCGAGUGAAAACCAAACUGCAGAUGGGAUUACCUCCCUGCUGACAUAUAUAGUAGCCAAGAAUGAUACAAUUGCAUCAAUUGGAGGGAUGUUUGGGGUCAACACACAAAGUAUAAUGGCGGCAAAUAUGCUGUCACAGGACAUCAUUAUCGACCUUAAUACGCCUCUUCUUGUUCCACUCAAAAGCAAGAGAUGCCCCACUUCUGAUGGUUCCCUUGCAGAUGGGAUAUACCUAGAACAUGUCGAUUGCAUUCGUGGUGGCAAAAAGUUUCCUGUGAAAUUGGUUACACUGCUAGGUAUUGGCAUAGGCCUUGCAUUCAUAUGCAUGUUCCUUUCAGGCUACAAGUUAUAUCAAUGCCUAAAGAGAAGGAGAAUCAAAACCCAACAGGAGAAAUUUUUCAAGCAAAAUGGGGGAUUCUUGUUGCGAGAAAAAAUCUCAUCUUUUGGGAGUAGCAGCAAAGCAAAACUUUUUACUGCAGAGGAGAUGGAAAGAGCAACAGAUAACUACAACCAGAGCCGCUUUCUUGGGCAAGGAGGCUAUGGCACAGUUUAUAAAGGGAUGCUACUUGAUGGUACCAUAGUAGCUGUUAAAAGGUCAAGAGCAAUAGACAAACAUCAGAUUGAGCAAUUCAUCAAUGAAGUUGUCAUUCUAACUCAAAUUAAUCAUCGAAACAUAGUGAAGUUGCUGGGUUGUUGCUUGGAGACUGAGGUUCCAGUUCUAGUUUAUGAAUAUAUUCCGAACGGAACACUCUCCCAUCAUAUCCAGCAGAAGCACAUUGAAACACCAUCACUUUCAUGGGAACAUCGCUUCAGGAUCACUUGUGAAGUUGCCGGAGCAGUAUCAUAUAUGCACUCUGCAGCUUCAAUCCCCAUCUUCCAUAGAGACAUCAAGUCUUCUAACAUUCUUCUAGACCAUAACUACAGUGCUAAAGUAUCUGACUUUGGGACUUCAAAAUCACUUCCCCUUGACAAAACUCACUUAACCACAGAAGUACAGGGAACUUUUGGGUACAUGGAUCCAGAGUACUUCCAAUCUAGUAAAUUUACAGAUAAAAGUGAUACCUACAGCUUUGGAGUCACACUUGUAGAAAUAUUAACUGGGAAAACCCCGUUUUCUUUUGCUAGAGAGGAAGGGGAAAAUCUGGUUGCUUCUUUCAUUUCAUUGACAAGGGAAAACCAACUUGUUCAGAUUUUGGAUCCUCAAGUGGUUCGAGAAGCAGAGAUGGAGCAUGUUGGAGCAAUUGCUGAGCUUGCAACAAGGUGUUUGAGGUUGAAUGGGAAAAAGAGGCCUAGUAUGAAAGAGGUGUCAACAGAGCUGGAAGGAUUGAGGAACACUCAAAGAUGCCUGGAAAAGUUCCAAGAGCCUCAGUCAUUCAAAGAUGAAACAACAUUCAUGCACUCUACCAGUGAAACCAUGAAAGAUCAUACAGAGGAAAGCAUUGAUUUCUCUAUGGAAAUUGAAUCUGCAUCAUUUUAAAUAUCGGUUUUCUUUGAUACCCCGAACUUUUAAUUUGCUUCCCCAGUUUUGUCUCAGAUCUCAGUUCAUUAUGGCAUGUUUGGUUUGUAUUCACAAAAUCUCCAACCACGAUAAGAUUGUAUAAGUAUUAUUAAAAUUAAACUGCUGUUAUAAAAUCCAGCCAUCGGUAAACUGAUA